AAGGAUAAGUGGAGGUUAAAAAGAAAACCAUGAAAACCGCUGUUGUUGUAACCGAAGCCGCUAAAACCAUCUCUCACGCUCUGACUGUUCAAAACAAAGCGCCCCAAAAGGAGCGUUGCUUUUACUCUCUCUCCACCUUAUAUAAACUACCAUCUUUCCUGUCUCUUCCACCUUCAAUUAUCACACCACCACUACCACUCUCUCUCCCUCUCUAUCCAAUUUUUAGUUAUGGUCAAGAUGGGUUUGAAACCCGACACGGUUCACAGUAACGCCGUGGAGAUUCGUUACAGAGGCGUUAGGAAGCGUCCUUGGGGUCGUUACGCUGCUGAGAUCCGAGAUCCAGGCAAGAAAACCCGUGUCUGGCUUGGAACCUUCGAUACCGCCGAGGCGGCGGCGCGUGCAUAUGAUAAGGCGGCGCGUGUUUUUCGUGGUGCCAAGGCCAAGACUAAUUUUCCGAACUUUCUCGAGCUGAGCGAGAACGUUUCCAUCGGCGGCGGCGGCGGUUUUGAGCGUAGCCCAAGCCAGACCAGCACCCUCUAUUGCGCUUCACCUCCGGCGGCAGUUACACCGGCGGCUGCUGAUAUUGUUCUGCCGCAGCUUGAGCUUAGUCUUGGCGGCAGAGGAGGCGCGUGUUACCAGAUCCCGGUGGCGCGUCCUGUGUAUUAUUUGGACCUUAUGGGAAUCGGAAACGGAGGUCGUGCUGCUCGGCCUCCGAUGUCGUUGGCGUGUAGGUCGCCGGUGAUGCAUGUUGCGACGAAGAUGGCUUGUGGGGGCCAGAGCGAUUCUGAUUCGUCUUCGGUCGUAGAUUUUGAUGGUGGGAUAGAGAAGAGAGCUCGGCUGUUAGAUCUAGACUUAAACUUGCCUCCUCCGUUGGAACAGGCCUGAGCUGUUGGUUGUGUUGUUUCAUCGCGAACGCUCAUGCGUUUUUGUCUUUUUGUUUUGGAGCUGAGAGAAUUCGUUUACUUUUCUUAGUUUUUUCUUCUCUCACACUCUAAAAUAAAGAUCGAUUUUUAAAUCGAGAUAGAACAAAAAUAUAAUGAUAGCUGACAUGGAUCGUUAUGUACAUAUUAUUACGUAACCGGAGAUCUGAACUUUUUUUGUGUGUGUUUU